AUGACUCCAACUUCUCUGGUUGCGAAAGUAGUACGGGAUCUCAAACGAUCUGGUCAUAUACAGGCAGACGAAGUGGAUACCGAUUAUCUGCUGCAGCUUGUUGGCCAGAAGAGUUACUUAACGGCAAACGACAAAUUGUUGAUAAUAUACGAGGAAGUACGGUCUGCAUUCGAAAACUACCGUAAUCCGCGGUUUGUUUUGCGAAGAAAGGAGAUAGUUCUGCUGGAUUACCCGAAGCCGAGACCGGUUCACAAGCCUAACUAUGUGCGUGCUGAAGAGAGCCGAAUGGCAAGCGGAGAUGGCGCUGUAAGUCCUUGUGGAAGUGGAAGCAUCGGAGGAGCAAGCGAUUCCACUGAGGCUUACAUCACUCUCUGGGAUGUGGACGAGUAUCUCUCGAUGCGCCCGCUGAGUUGCAGCAAUAUGGGGACGUCGGAUAUGGAUUCGCAGAUCAGUGUUGACUUCACUGUGUAUUGCGGGAAGACUUCGUUAACUCGUAAAACGUCCUCCAAAGUACCAAGUCACAAUCCACGUUGGCUGGAGCCAGAAGAUCGGGUUCUUGGCUGGGCAAAUAUUCGCUUACUUGAUUGGAAGGGUGAAUUACUGCAAGGAGUGGUGACAUUGAACUUAUGGGGUGGUGAGCCACAAUAUCCACCACACGGACGAAUCGGCAGUAAUAAUAAGAAACAAGGAUCAAGCUGUCGGCUGAUUAUUGAGCUGGCUCGCUAUCGUUCACCUCAUGUGAGAAUGCCGGACAGCAGCCAGUUUGCACCGUUUGUGCGAUUCGUUCGCUCGCAUGAAGAACCGCAAAAGAUGCAGACCGAUGAAUUCAGUAUCGCUAGGAUACUGGCUACCAUAAGAAAACGACUGCUGGGUGGAGUAGUUUCAGCAGAAGAAGAGUUGUUUGUAUGGAAUCAAAGAGAUUCGAGUGGCAAUAUCAGUGAGAUGUACAAAAGAUUUGCUCUAAUAAUUGAAGCAUAUCUCCGCGGUAAUGAUGAACAUAUUCGAACGGUUGUCAAACAGCGCCUUCGAGAGGAAUUGCGGAAUAAUUGCCCAACCUUGGAAAGAAUCGACUCUCCUCUAGAUCCUAGUAAUGCGUUGGGACAACUGCGGUCAGUUUUAUACAAUAAAUAUUGGUGUUAA